AUGUACGGCACAAGGCUCCCGUACCGUAUCACAGAGAAGGAUCGCGCAGACUUUUACAUCGGUGGUCCUGCCUUGACGGAGGAGAUGAGGCAACAAGUCUUUGAAUCCGUCCGCACCGACGAGCACAACUUUUCCAUUCCGCCAUUUGCACUCGUGCAAGCGAUAGACCCAGAUACGGAGGACUCGCUUCUGCAUGUAGCGGUCCGGGCAGGGUCCAUGAACGGCGUCGUCAGUCUAAUGGGAAGGUUCGACCGCGUCAUGCGUACAUGUGGUGGUGGUCCUCAAAACCCGUUUUAUAUCUGGGAACGCCAUUCUUUUAUCGCCCAUCAGAACCGCGAUGGCGACACCGUCUUGCACGUUGCCGCGCGUAGCGGCAACCUCAAACUCGUGAUUAUGCUUUAUCGCUUCAUAUAUGACCACUGGUCGGCAACUUGCCCGGAUCUGGAGGACCUGGGGGACGAGGAGGCCCCAGAAAAUGUCGAGUUCCCAGAAACCGCCGGCGAAGACGAGUCUUCGCCUUAUUUGAUGCUGCUCAUUACCAGGAACCGAGCCGGCCGUGAUGCUGCGACUGAGGCUCGCUCUUUGGGAAAUUACGAGAUAGCCGAGUGGCUGGAUGCCGUGGCCAACAGGCUGGAUCCCGAGGGCAAUAGGCGCAGUAAGAAGGGCAUUUCAGACAUGGUGCGCAUGGUGAAGAAGGGGUUUGGUUACACCUUGAUGGCCGGAAGAAAGCAAAGGGAGACGCGGCAAACUUUGUCAAAUUCGUUCAGUAAGCUCCAGGUUUAG